UUUUAUCAAAAAUGGGAUUUAAAUGUAAUUUAUUUCCAAUCUGUUUGAUUCUGAAUAAAGCGGUUUUUGUUUUUCAAAACUAUAAAUAGAGCACAGUACGACUAGUGGAGUAGUGAAAAUAGAGCGAAAAAAAUCAGUUGAAGAAUCAGUUCAAAGCAUCAAUGGAAAACGUGGGAUCACCCUCCGCCUCCGCCGCCGACGAUGGUACGCCGGUGCAACCAAUCUCCACCUCGACUCCUCCGGUGCCGUCAUUUCCAGCUCUCCUAGGCACUACCGGUAGUGGACUUUCGUCUUCUACGGCAGAUGUAGCGACUACUCCUUCAACGUCUCAGGUCACCGGCAGUGGAUUUUCGUCUUCUACGGCAGAUGUAGCGACUACUCCUUCAACGUCUCAGGUCGCCGGCAGUGGACUUUCGUCUUCUACGGCAGAUGUAGCGACUACUCCUUCAACGUCUCAGGUCGCCGGCAGUGGAUUUUCGUCUUCUACGGCAGAUGUAGCGACUACUCCUUCACCGUCUAAGGUCGCCGGCAGUGGAUUUUCAUCUUCUACGCAACCGCAGGCAGAUGUAGCGACUACUCCUUCACCGUCUAAGGUCGCCGGCAGUGGACUUUCGUCUCCUACGGCAGAUGAAGCGACGGUUUCUGAUGAAAAGGAUCUUAAAGUCGAGCGUGAAAUCAGCACGUUAGUGGUUGAGAGGAAGCUGGUGAAGUUCACAAUUGAACAGAUCAAUUCAUUCAUUCCUGACAAAAGGGUUGUAGGAGCAGGUAGCUGGGGAACGGUGUAUGAAGGGUUCAUUGGGGGAUUGUCUGGACUUUCCAGUGAUUUGAAUGGGGAAAGAGUUGCUGUCAAGGUGGGAAACUAUUUCUGUGAGGAAAAAGAGUUUUCUACCGAUGAGAACUACAUUCAGUGGAAGACUGAGAUCAUGCUACUGUCUGGGAUAAAACAUGAGGGUGUCAUCAAAUUGGUCGGUGUUUGCCGUACCAAUCUAGGUUUAUACCUGGUUUAUCCCUUCUAUGAGAGGGGAGAUCUCCAGAAAAGCAUUGAAGUUUUAGAUUGGGAGAGAGCAUUAAAUGUUAUCACGAAAGUUGCUGAGGCACUCAGGGUGUUGCAUAUGCGUAUGGUCGUAUGCAGGGGCUUGAAGCCCGCUGACAUAUUGUUGGAUCAAAACUGGAACCCUGUAUUGACAGAUUUUGGGCGAAUGAAGAUGUUUGGAGAUGCUUUAAGUGGAUCUCGUACAUUCGAUAAUGAAAACUUCAUCUUUUCAGGACAUCAGGACCAUGUCUUUCACUAUGACUAUUUCUGUCUGGGUUUUUUGAUGCUCCAAGUGUUGAUGAAGGAGAAGGAAGCUGACUAAAGUCACUGUGCCAAAGGAGAGGAGAAUAAUGCACCUGGAUAA